AUGUGUAAUGAUAACAGAGCUGUGUUAGUGGUAUGUCUGUCAGCAUUGGUGGUGGUGUCCGCUCAACUCCAUGGCCUACCGAUCGCUAGAGCGCUGGCCGUUCAAGAGAGACCUGAGCCGUACUCUUAUGGUUAUGAAGCGACCGACGAAUUCGGGACUCAUUGGACACGACAAGAGUCGGGCGAUGGCGACGGCACAGUCCGCGGCUCCUACUCUUACCGGGAGGCCAAUGGCAUCGGCAGGACUGUUGAGUAUGUGGCCGACCCCGUCAAUGGCUUUCAGGUAGGCUUGUAA